GUCAUUGUCAUUUCAUUGUUUUGUGUGAAUCACUACAAAAAUUUUUCUUCCAAUUCAAAUUUCAAAACUAUAACAAAAAUGUCAGAUCUAAAAGUAAUAACUGGAGAUUUUGUAAACUUACAAAUAUCCACAUCGAAAGACGACAUAUCCUUCAACGAAAAACGAUUUCCCAAAGAUCUAACCAUUUCCGACUUGAAGGUGAAACUAGAGCUUAUAACGGGAGGCAAUUGUAACACGAUGAAGUUAGAAGCCUACACAGAAGAGAACAAAUUCGUAUGCCACUUGGACAACGAUAAAGCACUCCUUGGUUCAUACCCUCUUGAAAAUGGAAUGCGCUUACAUGUCAUAGACCAAUUCCAAAUCAGAAACGAGUUGGAUUUCGCUGAUGUUCCUAAAUAUGAACUUUCUCAAGAAGAGUAUGACAGCAAAAGUGAUUCAGUCAGGGCAUUCUUACAGAAAAACAAAUUAGGGAAAUACAAUGAGGAUAAUCAAAAGAAAAAGGAACUUUUAGAAGCGGAAGAACAAAAGCUGGCAGAAAACAUGGCAGUAGGUUCACGUUGCAAAGUGUCAGUACAAAACGCACCAGACAGAUUGGGUGCAGUAAUGUAUACAGGACCUGUUGAAGGGCUAACUGGUUAUUGGAUUGGUGUGAAAUAUGAUGAGCCUCUUGGAAAAAACAAUGGCAGUUUCAAAGGCAAGCAGUAUUUUGAAUGCCCUGACAAAUAUGGAGCUUUUGUCAAACCACACAAUGUCAUAUGUGGUGAUUUUCCAGAGUUGGAUUAUGACCUAAAUGAAGAGAUAUGAGACUACCAUAUCAUCUACCAGCUUAUUGUGAUGAUUUACAUUGUGAUUAAUACCUUUUUAAAUACUUUUGUUUACAAUGCUUAUUUUAUUAAGUUUGAUUAAAAAUUUGCAGUUAAGAAGACGUCUAAAAAUACCAUGCAAACUUUUUAGCUCAGAAAACAUGAACAUUCCUUUUUGGCAAACUUUUUAUUAUUCUAUUGGCUUUAAUCAUUUUGUAUCACUCUGUAAUUAAAUACCUAAAAUCCUGACCUAGUUCCGCCAAAAAUAGAAUAACAUUCUAUAAACUAUCUGGAACUCUUCAGAAGUCACAAAUGCAUCUGCUUGUUAAAAUGUCUGUAUACAUAAUAUAUUAAACAUGUUGGCAUGUAUUUUCAACAUCUGGCGCAGACAAAUAAAUGCACAGUCUCACAUGAGUUGUAGUUUUAUUUCACACACUAGUACUUUCUGUAUGUACAUCAUGUUAUUUUUGCUGGUUUUGGUUGAUAUCAAUUGUGUAGAGGCAUUCUACAUUACAUCUAAUAUUGGUUUUGAAAACAAAACUGCAGUUGAAGAAGUGCAAAAUGCAGUCUGUACCAUUUCUACACAGGAGUUUGAAGCAUCUGCUAAUGCUACGAUUUCUAGACAACUAAAAGGUGUCUGUAGUUCAGCUGAACUAAAAUCUAUGCUUACUGAAUUAGAAAAGAAAAUGACGCAAGGCUUUGAUGAAAUAAAGCAAAUAUUACGCCUCAAUGCCCCUGAAAUGCCGAUUUUUAGAGAACCUGUUGCCAAUGAAGUCAGACAAGAUGAGCUGAAACGAAUCCCGGCCGAGUCUGAACAUUCUGAAAGCAUUGUUUCAUUGGAAGACGAAAUUUACUGGAAGAAUGACACUGUAGAUCCGACUAUGAAUGUUUAUUAUUAUUUCUGGAAGGUGGAAAAUAUAAGGAGUCUGAUACAGAAAUUUGACAUGUAUCACUCUAGUCCCGAGUUCUCUAUCAUGGGCCACAUCUUGUACCUGCAACUGUUCCCUAACUACCCAGAAACUGGAUUUUUAUCCCUUCAAUUGGGAAGACGAAACAACAGCUUUCUCAAAAAACACGAAAUAUAUAUACUCGCCCAAUUGAAUCGCACUAAAUCCUUAAAAUCAUCGUUGCUCUAUAGUCUAAAGGGUACGAGUAUGUUUACUAUGGCAGAAAAUACACUAGAAAAUGGAUAUAUUUCAGAUGAUGCAAUUAUUGUGAAAGUAAAAAUAUAUUUAAAUUCUUAUUUCCUUGUGUUUCUACUGCCUGUUCACGAGUGUUAAAAAUUGAAAUCCGUAUUUCUUUAAUAUAUUUUAUUA